CCAAUCGAUGGUACGUAGUGUGCCACCACUAGUACAUACUGGAUCUAUCAGCAAAAUGCCUCAAUAUCUGAAAAGUUGAUAUAUUCAAAUGUUGGGCUCGUUUUCUGCUGCUGUUGCUGUUGCUGCUGCUGCUGCCACUACUGUUGCUGCCGUGCACGACGACGACGACGUUGUUGUAAUUGGGUGUCGCAAUGGAACAGGAAAUCGGCACCUGGGACUCGGUGCUGCUCGAGAAUCUGUCCGAGGAUAGUUUCAUAAACAACAUCCAUCAGCGCUACAAGCGCGAUCAUAUAUAUACCUACAUUGGAACUUCUGUUGUGGCUCUGAAUCCAUAUCAUCACAUAUCCGAGCACACGCUGGACAAUGUCCGUAACUAUGGCGACAAGGGCAUCUUCCAGCUGCCACCCCACAUUUACGGCCUCACCAACCUGGCCUACCAAUCCCUCAAGGAUCACAGCGAGGACCAGUGCGUGCUGCUCACGGGGGAGAGUGGAGCGGGAAAAACGGAGACAUUUAAAAUGAUUGUCAACUUUCUGACACAUAUACAAGAUCGCUCCCUCUGCCACACUCCGAAUGUCUUGCGCAAGCAAUCGUCCACCAGCUCGGCCAGCGGUGUUCCCGUGCACGCCCACAGGCGUGCCUCGAGCAGCUGUUCCGGCACUGCCAACUUUAUUAUAUGCAAAAACAGAGCGGAGAACACACCGUCGGCCAUUGCACGUCGCCAGUCACCGUCGCCCGGACCAUCUCAGCGCUCGAGGACGCGUGCCGAGAGCAUUGAACGCCAGAGCAGGCGGAAUAUGCGCGAGAAAAUUGUGGACUUUGAUUUCUCACACCACAAGAGCAGCGAGAACAUUAGCACACUGAUCGAAGCGCAUGCCGCCGCCGCCUCCUCACAUCACUUGCAUCCAACCAAGUCGUGCUUCAAGCACCAGCAGACUCAACCUCAAGCCUGCACUGCCACUGCCGCACUGCCCCAAAAGGGGGCAGGCAACAACACAUCGCCCAAGUAUGCCAUGCUCUCGUACGCUGGCUGUCGCCAGUGCGGCCACAGCAAAUGCGUACGUGCCCAGAGCCUAGAGAAGGAGGAAUGCGGCGGCGCCGAGUCGCCGAUGCUGCUGCUGCGCGGCAGCAACAGUCGCCUAUCAUCCAACACGGCCGCCGGCGCUCACCAAAACAAUCUGAGUCGCGGUAGCUGCUCGAAUCUGGUGCGCCAGCACUCCACAGAGAGUCAGCCAGAAAGGGAAAGGGAUCGGGAUCGGCACUCUCUGACGGGAUCAACGCAACGUAUUUCGCUGUACGAUGCACACAAGCUAAGCAAAGUGCUGGGCGAGCUGCCGCCGCCGCCACCACAGUCGCAGCAUCCUAGCUCGGUAUCGGUGUCGGUGUCGGUGUCGCCCACGCCAUCGGCCAGCUCCUCACUGCAUCGACGCCACAAAUCACCCACACAGCGGCUGCGUGAGUGCGUCACCUGUGCUGAUGUCUUUCUAGAGGCCAUGGGCAAUGCCUGUACGCUGAAAAAUAACAACUCAAGCCGAUAUGGAAAACUAUUUGAUAUUGAAAUUGAUUUUAGGGGCGAUCCAAUGGGAGUGCAUAUAACCCACUAUAUGCUGGAAAAGACGCGCAUUACGGACACCGUCAUUGGCGAGCGAAACUUUCACAUAUUCUACCAAUUACUAUUGGGUGCUGAUCUCCAGUUGCUGAAAUCACUCAAGCUGUACCGAAAUGUGGAAAAAUAUGAGCUGCUGCGCAACACAACUGCCAUGGAGGAGGAUCGCUUAAACUUUCAUUACACCAAGCGUUCAUUGGACGUGCUGGGGCUUAGCUGUGAUGAGACUAGCUCCAUUUUUCGUGUCAUUGCUGUCGUUCUGAAGUUGGGAAACUUUAUCUUUGUGCCCGUGACCAAUAUCGAUGGCACCGAGGGCUGUCAAGUGUCCAAUGUGUAUGAGGUACAAGAAACGGCUCAGCUGCUUAAUCUGGAGGCUCAAGUUUUAAUAAAUUGCCUGACGCGUGCCAACAGCUCGAACAGCAGUCAUGAGGAUGUGGGCUCCGAAAUGGAUGCCCGUCAGGCGGCCACCAAUCGAAAUACCCUGUGCCGUACUCUCUAUAGUCGUCUGUUUACGUGGCUGGUGAACAAAAUCAAUGACACACUGAAAUCGACGCAGCGCGAAAAGAAUCUGGCCCUGCUCGACUUCUAUGGCUUCGAAGUGCUCGAUCACAAUUCGUUUGAGCAGUUUGCAAUUAACUACAGUGCCGAAAAAAUCCAUCAGAACUUUGUGUUCCAUUUACUGCGCUCUGAGCAAGAGCUGUACAUACGGGAGGGAUUGGAAUGGUCACGUAUUGAUUACUUUGACAACGAGUCCAUUUGUGAGUUGAUUGACAAGCCGAGCUAUGGCAUCCUCAGCCUGAUCAACGAGUCCCAUUUGAGCAGCAAUGAGGCGCUGCUUUUGCGUGUCCAACAAUGCUGCGCAGGUCAUCCAAAUUUCAUGACCAGCGGCAGCAAUUCCAUGUGUUUUCAGAUACGUCACUUUGCCAACGUUGUUAACUACUCUAUACAUCGCUUCCUGGAGAAAAACUCCGACAUGCUGCCAAAGUAUAUAAGUGCCGCCUGCUAUCAGAGCAAGUUGUCGCUGGUGCAGAGCCUGUUCCCCGAGGGCAAUCCCCGCCGACAGACGAGCAAAAAGCCCAGCACUCUCAGCUCGAACAUACGCACCCAGCUGCAAACGUUGCUGGCAAUUGUGAAGCAUCGUCGCUCCCAUUAUGUGUUCUGCAUCAAGCCCAACGAGUGCAAGCAGCCGCAUCAGUUCGAUCUGGCUCUGGUGCAGCAUCAGGUGCGCUACAUGUCGCUGAUGCCGCUGGUCCAUCUGUGUCGCACGGGCCAUUGCUAUCACCUGCUGCACGUGAAGUUCUUUCAUCGCUACAAGCUGCUUAAUAGCCUCACAUGGCCGCAUUACCAUGGCGGCAGCCAGGUGGAGGGCAUUGCCCUGAUUAUACGCAAUCUUCCGCUGCCAUCGGCAGAGUUCACCAUCGGCACCAAGAAUGUGUUUGUGCGGAGUCCGCGUACCGUUUACGAGCUGGAGCAGUUCCGACGCCUGCGUAUCGGUGAGCUGGCGGUGCUCAUACAGAAGAUGUUUCGCAUGUAUCAUGCCAGGAAGCGCUACCAACGCAUGCGGCACAGCCAGAUGGUUAUAUCGAGUGCCUGGCGCACAUGGCGAGAGUGCCGCUUUGGCAUUCCCUUCACGGGUCGUAGGCACUUGUGGAGUUUAUAUCGUGUUGCACGUGAAGAGUAUCGAUCGCUCAAGUACAAACGCCAGGUGAAAUGGGCCAUCGAGGUGAUAGCUCGCUACUAUCGCCAGUGGAAGAUACGCCAGUUCCUGCUGACCAUACCGCUCCGCCUGCCACCGAACACACUGAGUCCGCUCUCCACCGAGUGGCCGGCAGCACCUGUCUUUCUGGCAGACGCCUCUCGGCAUUUACGCUCCAUAUAUCAUCGCUGGAAGUGCUACAUAUAUCGCAACUCUUUCGAUCAAACGGCGCGCAAUCGUAUGCGAGAGAAAGUGACGGCCAGCAUCAUAUUCAAGGAUCGUAAAGCCUCCUAUGCACGAAGUGUGGGUCAUCCGUUUGUAGGCGAUUAUGUGCGUUUGCGUCACAAUCAGCAGUGGAAGAAGAUGUGCGCCGAGACAAACGAUCAAUAUGUUGUCUUUGCGGACAUAAUCAAUAAGAUAGCACGCUCCAGCGGCAAGUUUGUGCCCAUUCUGCUGGUGCUAUCCACUUCAUCGCUGCUGCUGUUGGACCAGCGAACGCUGCAGAUCAAGUACAGAGUGCCUGCCUCGGAAAUAUAUCGGAUGUCACUGAGCCCCUACCUGGAUGACAUUGCUGUGUUCCAUGUAAAAGCGUCUGAAUUUGGUCGUAAAAAGGGAGAUUUUGUGUUCCAAACGGGUCACGUCAUUGAGAUAGUGACGAAAAUGUUUCUAGUCAUACAAAAUGCCACAGGUAAACCGCCAGAGAUACACAUAAGCACAGAAUUUGAAGCAAAUUUUGGCCAACAGACUGUCAUCUUCUCGUUCAAAUACGGCGGCAUGUCGGACUUAGCACAAGGCCCACCAAAGGUCACGCGCAAGGCGAACCGCAUGGAGAUAAUUGUAUGAUCCGCAACAGAAUCUAAUCAUGGCUACGAGCCAUCACCUUAGUGCAGCAGGGAUCGAAUUCAUGGUCCGUAUUCAUAAUUUAUACGUACAUCAUUUUCCAGUCAUCAUGCCUCUGCCUCAUCGUCGUCGUUGUCGUCUUUUAUAAUGUGGUCCCAGGGAUCAAAAUACAAUUUUAGCAAUACUUAAAAACACACAUAACACACAUUAAUUUACGAAAUUAGCGAAAGGAAGAGGUUUAGUGUUGUUCACAAGCGACAAUCAGUGAGAGAUUCAACCACAAUUUGUUGUCAUUUGUUGUGCCAAAAAGUGAGAGGGAAAAUGGGAAAACUAGUAUGGAGCCGUAGGAGAAAUGGAGAACUCAUUUUAGAAUGCACUCGUACUUUAUUUAUCCAAAAACAAAGAAAAACCAAAGAAACGUAACUAACGAAGUGAACAACUGAAUUUAUUCAUAUAAUUUUUUGUGUUCGAGGAUCGAGCGAUUUUAGGUUUAAGUGUAAGUUUAUAUUUCAUGCACCAAGUCGAUUAGAAUUGCAACAAUAAGUACGUACUGGCUGCUGGGAAACUGAGCAAUGAGCAGUGGAGAACGUUAGAGAUUUUACACAAACUAUUGAUAUAUACAUAAAUAUAUAUGUAUGUAUUUCCGUUAUAGAAACCAAGGCAUUUCUCUUACAUUUUAAGGUUUCAUACACAAUAAUUAGUGAACUAAUAAUGCUAGAGAACAGAACAGAACAGAACACAGUCAUAUAUAAACAUAAA